GAGCCAUCGACCUGAUCUAGCGCGCCGGAUUCGUGCUCCGUGAUAAGUGUCUGUUUUCAAUAGUGAGUGUUUAAAGUUUAAUCCUUUUCUUCCUGUAGUUGUCUUUUGAGAUCUUCUACCGCACAACGACGCAUUUCUGGAGUAGUAGAUCCGAAUAUCGGUUAUUCGAGAAGUUUACCUGUGGUGUUCCUGAUUGCACGCAAUCCGUUUAGAAGGAAUCAAAAAAGAUGAACAUCUUAGUAAUAUCGUUCCUGGCACUGGCAUCGCUGUCCACUUUCCCCACGCAGACCUUCGGAGCGGCAGCCGCCGCCGAUGUGACUGAUCCGAAGAAGUCGGUCGCUGCCGCCGAAGCGGCCCUGCCCGUCAACGAUAACGGCCUGAAGGAGAUCUGGCAGGAGGACGACCGUGAGGUGUUGAUUCGGAAUGAGCGUGGCACCAAGAACGGCGGGGGCGCCUCCGGAGCGUCGGGUAAGAAAGACCGCAAAAAAGAUAAACUCAACUCAAAUUCCUCCUCAUCGUCAUCAUCAUCACCCUCCUCGGCAUCGUCCGCCCUACAGAAACUCAAACAACAAAAUACAAAAUCCAAAUCUGACAACACUAGACAGCAGGCACAGAAUUCACAGUGCCGUUACACCAAAGGACCAUGGACCGAGUGUGAUGCCAAGUCCAACACCCGUUCCAGAACACUGUCACUGAAGAAGGGCGAACCCUCCUGCGUACAGACCCGCACCAUCCAGAAGAAGUGCAAAAAAGCCUGCCGUUACGACAAAGGAGCCUGGUCCGAGUGCACCCCCGCCGGACAGAUGUCCCGCACCGAUAGUCUGAAGUCGAGCAGCGACGCUUCCUGCCAGUCGACGCGAGUGGUCAACAAGAACUGCAAUCAGGGAAAGUCGAAAGACAAACAAAACAAACCGGUGAAAGCCGAAAAGAAGGAAAAAGGCCUUCGUAAAAACCGUCAGUAAGGAGGAGCAUGGACGUUUCUUUCAAUAAAUCAUUUUCAUCUUCAAACAAAAAAAAAAAAAAAACACGGACACAUGAUCAUCGUACAACUGCGCGCAAAUCAUAUACCGAAUGUUGUCGACAUUCGGAACCGCGAAUUGCCAAAACGAACAUCUUCCAAAAUCAUCUGAAGCUUCAGGAGGCGAUUUUAACAGCAACAGGAGAGAGGGCUCGACGCUAAACUAUUGUUAAAGUGCUUGAUUGUUGACCGUAAUUACGAAUCGCAAAACCAGCACCUGGACAGCGAAGACUCAGAUAACCCUGUACAAGACAGUUCGACAUGCUCAGAUCGCAAACAACAUUCACACAAAGAAAUACACACGAAAUCAAAUAUGCAAACUCAUACACGCGAGGUGAAAUACAGACGGGAGCACCAUUCAUAAAUUCGUUUUAAAAUUGAUAUUUGUAAAGUAAGUAAACUUAAACAAGUUUCUUAAGUUAAAUAGAGGAUGAGUAAUUAAAACACACACACACAAUUGAGAGGACAGUCGCAAGUAACUUACGUGUUGAAUAAAAUUAAUUAUUGCUAUUACACAGCAAGGCUAACCUUUGUAUAACACAAACACACACGAUAAAAUGGAAAUGAGCGCGUUUGCAGAAGAAUUCAUGAAACCCUCUCAAAGAAAGUAAUGAAAUCAACAUAAAAACAAAUCCCCGAGUGCUUAUUCGAGGAGAAUCAAUUUGACACACGCGGUAAUCAAAGUUUAAAUAGAGAAUAAAAACAGGAAUUUUUCUGCUGAAGCCUAGCCAACAACUGUAACUAACGGCAAAAGAGCAGAGAGAGAGCCAUUUCUUACAUUGAUUCCAUAACCUAAUUAGAGUAGACGAAGCUAAGCCAAGUUAUAGAGAAAUUGUAAAAUUUUACUAAUAGUAAUGUGUAUACCCGCACUAUUCAAAACACCUUAAAUACCUAUCACAGAGCUGUCAAAUAUUUUUUUCCAACUUAAUUUGUAGGCGUUUACGCUAGACAUACUCUAGGUUGAACCUCGACACUUUCCCUAAAAUAGGUCAAAAUUUAUUCAGCAUAGAUCCAAAAUGUUACAAUCAGAUAUCCAACAACCAACCAAUGAAAAAAAUUACAGUUGUUUCCCCUCCCGUCAACAGAAAAAAUAGCUCUUGUAUGUUCGAUGUUCAGCGUUAAAAUUGAAUCAUUUCGCCAUUCUACUGGAAAACAAAAAUGUUACCGAAAUAACAGUUUUACAAAAUACGAACUAGAAGUUGAAGUGUACAUCUGUGUUUGGGAAGACUAGAUGGGUAACAAAAAGAAAAUAAUUCUUCGAUUACGUGUUUAGAUAAACAGGUUAACCAAUAAAGGAAUGUUCAGAAACGGACAACAACAAAAAAUAAAAAACAGAUAUACAGAACCGCUAACGCUUAGCUGAACAGAGAUGCCAGAAUACUUCUCAGACAAGCAGUGCUUGAGCGGAGCCUACCGAAGAACAAAAAUAGGGAGCGGGAGGUGAAAAAUUAAAAACUCGACUAGAUAAAAUAUUUAUAGGACGAAGCAGCGAACAACACACACACACAAAACAUAUACAAAUAUUCUAAGUAUUACAAUUUGCUGUUCAAAGACAUGUCUCUUUCUGAGCAAUAGAAGCGGAAAAUUACACGUUGAAGCAAGGAUUAGACAGCUCCGUUGAAGAAAAAAAAGUAUGCUAUCUGCUGUGUUCUCGUCACCUAAUUUAUAUAACUUAAAUGCCUUUUUGACACUACAAAACGAAGCGGAAAAGCUUUCAAACGUUAUCUCAACAAACUUCUUUUCUCUCAACUAUUCCUCUGAAAAAAAACAAUGACCGCAGGAUCGCUCGCAUUCAAUAGAUAGUGAACAGUACCGGUAAUGUUGGUAGGUCACCGUCGAUUAUCAUGUCGAGAACAUUUGCUCUAAUUUGCUUGUCUGUUCUCUGUAAUUAUACGCAUUCAACAUUUCGACCGUUGGAAACAUCGAGAGUAAUUGUUCCAGAAAUUGAUUUUCAUUCAGCUCAUUAUUAAAAAAAAAAAACAUAUACAAUAACUGUAGAUUUAAAAUAUCAAAUUUCUUGAUAAAACAUAUUCUUUUGUGAUAUGUUGUAAAAAAUA